ACACUCCUGGACAUGAUUUGUUCACACACAUUAGUUGUUGUGUAAAGUGGAGCAUAUUGACUUCAAGUGACAACAGAUGCUGCUUAAAUCCCACUCAGCCCAAUUCUACACGAGCUACAGCAGGCUGAGGCUGGAUCCUGGCGAGCAUUUACUCGGGUGUGUGUGCUGGCACUUUGACACCCAAACGCACUGUACGCACAGACGUGCCGUGCCGUUCUGCGCCGCGCCGUGCUUUGCCGCUCAUCGCCUAUGCAACCAAAGGGAAAGGCUUAACGGAUCGCAUAUACGCAGACAGGCAGGCAGUGACAAACCUGGCUCAUUAAAACAUCGUCUGCAGACCGUCAGCAGGUCGCGCGCAGCACUACUACAGCUCCUCGCGGUGCACUGGACCUGCCGGCGGAGCCCAAAGCGCAGAGUGACACGCGCGCGCUAAAGGUGUGGAGGAGAGGGCAGCCGCUCGGUACAAUGGGACCGAACCCAAGCCGGUAAAAGGUUCAGAGAGAAACACACGCAUACCAGCUCCGAGGGAGGCCAACGUUUGGGGAAGUUAACGGCAACAUGGCGAAAACGGUCAAGAUCUGAACUUUGGAGGAUCCGCUGUGUGGAUUAACGUACAGCCCCACAAUCUGACCGGUAGUAUAACGAGGAACGAGAUCACAGUUUGCAUCAGUGUGUCAAAGGGAUAGCCGUUGGUAUGGAGCGCGUUGACAGUCGUUUGGGCACCUGGCAGGUGCUACUGACCAUCUCAAUGGUCAUUAUCCCCCUGUCUGCUCACGGGAGGCAUUCACUGGCCAGGCACCAUCAUCACCGCAAUCAAUCAUCUGUCAACAAGGAGGCCUUGAACACCAGGAUGGUGCUCAGUGAUGACUCCGCAGAGAGGGACCACCUGAUCGGAGCAGGGCUCAUGCUCGGGGCUAAACUCCCACUCAGCUCCACCAAACGCCACCAUUCUCAUAAACACGCCCAUCUAGACGUCGUAGAGGAGGACCAAACUGUGGGGGAGGAGCUCACCGCCGGUGGGGGGGGUCCAGACCAGCCCGGAAACCCCAUGUCAGAUGAUGUCAUCACCGUGGAGUUUCACAGCCCUGCGCCGGAUAUGGUGUCCUCUGAUGUUGCUCUAGAUUGGGCCAAAGCCCCCAAAGCCCAGAAGCAAAAAGGCGGAGACCCUACUGCAUGGACGCUUUCUGACUUUUAUGACUACCUGUCACCUGAUGACGACCUCUCGACGUUAGAUACGACCCCAGAACCUGAGCCCACCCCUUCACCCCCGCCUGAAAUGGAGGAUGAGAAUCCACUCCUGGCUGGUUCUCCUGCUGUUCCUGAUGUGAGGCCUAACACGGAUAGCAGGCCCUCCCUCCCAGCUCCUGCCAUGCCAGGGCCGGACAAGGGUGAGGGGUUAGGCUUAGGUGGCGCCAUGGGGACUGAUGGCUGCAGGCUGGGCUUUGUGCGCUCUGGACCUGGGGUGUGUGUGUCUCAGUGUGACAUUGAACCCAAUUUCUGCUUCAACGGAGGAGUGUGCACUGUGGUGGCAGGAAUGGGAGCCUUCUGCAGGUGCAAUGUGCAGGACUACAUCUGGAACAAAGGCACGCGCUGUGAUUGGGCGGUCACAGACUUCCAGGUUAUGUGUGCAGUGGUGGGCGUGGCUUCCCUGGUGCUCAUCUUCCUCUUCAUGAUCAUCGUAUUCUUUGCCAAGAGGCUGCACCGCCUCAAGAAUGAGAACAGGCGCCUUCGCAAACGCAGGUGUGUUUGUGUGACUGGGAGUAAGUACUGCCCACAGAGCAGCGAGCCACAGACAGACGGCCUCUCCAUUUCCACAACAGCCGACGGCUCGCAGCCAAACGUAAGGAAAUUGUGUGACACCCCUCCGCACGCUCCCCAAGCUCACACUCACAACCUGGCGUACUAUGACAACAUUAUCUGUCAGAGGCCAUCAACAACCAGCUAUACCUGGGAAUAUAAACCCAGAAACCCUUAUAAUCAUUUCCAGGAUGAUCCUCAGAAGCAGGAGGAGCCAGCAAAGUCCCCACAAGCCAAGGAAGAGGGAUCAAUGAACAUCCUCAACUCUCAUUCCCCCAAACACGAGAACAACCGUCCAGCCUCUGUUGUCCACGACCAGGGCCACACCCCAAACAACACUGAGGAAAACGCUGAGGAUGGAGUCACUAUUGGCCUGGAAGUGCUCCUCCCAAAAGAUGCCAAGCUCCACUCAGAGACCAACUCGCCCCUUCAAUACGACGUCUUCCUCUACAAGGUUGCCAACAACGGAGACUCCGCCUCUCCCAGCCAAGCCCCUCCCACUCACAGCGCUAACUCUUACUCCUCCUCUCACCCCAUGCCUAAAUCGCCCAAAACAUCCAAGGUGCCUAAGUCACCCAAACACACCAAGGAAGACCCACCUAGUAGCCGUGAACCCUUGUCUGGCAGGCACUCCUCCCCCGGUCGCCACCCAUCACCCAGUCGCGACUCUGCGCCUGGUUGCUAUUCUUCACCCACCUGUCAUCCAUCAUCCCAUCACUCUCCCUCUGGGUACAAAUGCAUGCCCACCUCCUCCUCCAUCCCGCCUGAGUUACGCAGGCCCAGAGGUCGGUCGCAAGCUCCCGGCUCAGAGCGCUCAGGGACUGGGAGAGAGUACCAGAGUGCACACAUUCGUCCAUCCCCCUCCUCCCCUCACCUCACUCAGCCUCCUCCAUCACCAUCCAGGGUGAAGUACAGCCCAGUCAGCACCCGAUCCCUGCCACCACUCUCCUAACCUGGCCUCCACCCAGCCUAGCAUCCAUCCUUACAUUCACACGCACAAACAUCUGUCAUAAUCUAAUCUUUCCAGCAAUAUUUCCAUCAUGGCUCUAACUUUUUCAUUAGUGAUUUAUAGAUUAUCCAUCCAUCUAUCAUCCAUCUUUGCACCCUGCCUCCUCACGUUUACACCCAUGAGGAGGAGCACAUCACCUUGUCUUGGUCCACGAAGCCAGAAAACUAAAACUGGGACAACAAACACCACACUCUCUCAAACAUGGAUGCACCAAAAUGCACACACACAACACUGCGUAGUUACUGCAGCCAAACAUUGACACCUUCAUGUAAAUAACAACCUCCAAACCUCAGGUUACUGCUCAAACAAGCACAAAAUUAACCACAUGUGAAUAUGCUCUCCUAGCAUGGUGCCAACGUCAGCGACUGCUGAGGAUAUUGUUCA